AUGAUACCUGAACUAGAAAGUAUGGAUGACCCUUAUGCUAAAGAAGAAUGGGUGAAUGAAAAGAUUCAUAUGAUUGUCACCACAAUAGAUACUGGAACGGAUGAACUGUCUUCUGACCAUUCUGUUCGUAAUGCUUCAAGAUCAUUUCGCCAGAUAUUCGAUGUCCCUCCUUCUGAACGCUUGGUUAGCUGUAUGUCUCUUCUUGCUUUUUUUUUUCUUACCUGUCAAACAUUUAACUGA